UGGACCAGAAGGCGACCCCGGGCCAAAGCUCCCUUAGGAGCACAGCUCUGGACAGGUUCCACUUGAUGUCCGCCAAAAGUUCCAAGGCCUCUCUGUCCAGCCGGUCCGAGUAAGGCAGCAGCCCAUUGUAGACGAUCUCCCUCUGAGGGACCAGCACGGAGGGACACGCCGGCUUAUGAACACCACCUACGGUCAUAUCUGACUGCUUGUCGUGUACAGACGUACAGAGACACGAUACGGCUAAUGAUGUGCUGUCAUGGAAGUGCUGUGGGUAGCUGGGCGACGACUUAAUCUGCUGCUGAGUCCACGUAGCCACACUGGGUCGGAAGCGACUACAUCCUCCUCUGACCAAGACGCCGAGGUGUGGAGGACACUAGGAAACAAGGAGACAAGGGAAGACAUUGUGACGGAGGACUUUAAACGUGAGGAGGGAUGAGUUGGUUGGCCAUGCUCUUGUGUGCAGCAGCUGCAGGUGUGUGCGUCGAGGGGGUCGCCAACAUGACAUCAGCAGUGUGUCGUCACCCGUGUGAGGACGUGGUGCAGAUGCUCACCGAGAUCCACGACAUGCAUCUCAUCACCAGAAACCUGCUUGGAGAUCUGGACAGAGUGUUGAGAGAAAAUGAGGAGAUGCGCAUAACUUUGGCUGGACUUGGCGGCAUAAACGACGAACACCAUCUCAGCAGAGACGGCGAGGUGUUGUGUGUGCAGGACGGACGGAUGUACGAGCACGGCGAGGACUGGGACGUGGACAGCUGCACGUCCUGCGCCUGCCAGUAUGGAAGGGUGCUGUGUCAUCAGGCGUCCUGUUCUCCGGUGUCCUGCAUCAAUCCGUCCUUUAUGGAUGGGGAGUGCUGCCCAGUCUGCCUCAACAAAGCAGAUGGCUGGUCCCGAUGGUCCGAGUGGACCGAGUGCUCGGCGACCUGCGGGCGUGGAGGGCAGCGAAGGGGCCGAUCCUGCAACGGCGACGUGGCGUCCUGCACCGGGCCGUCGGUUCAAACCCGUGGCUGUACACUGAUCAAAUGCGAGGGCGAUGAGCACGCUGACGGUAACUGGGGGCUUUGGUCCCCUUGGUCUCCAUGCACCACCACAUGUGGACGGAGUAACAUUGCGCGGGUCAGACGGUGCGACCAUCCGCCACCACGGAAGGGAGGCAGAAGGUGCAAGGGCACGGCCUUAGAGAUGCAACCUUGCAACAACACACUCUGUCCAGUUGCAGGAGGCUGGACGGCCUGGUCAGAAUGGGGUCUGUGCUCAAAGUCAUGUGGGGGAGGCCUUCUGAGUCGGGAGAGGAAGUGUUCCAACCCUGCCCCACAGUAUGGUGGGAGGCCGUGUUCUGGAGACACUACGGACUACGAAGCAUGCAAUAAGCAACCGUGUCCUUUAGACCCGUGUUUGCUGUUGAGUCCGUGCUUUCCUGGUGUGGCGUGCUCAUCAAGUGGUGAUGGCGCCUGGCAAUGUGGACAUUGCCCGGUGGGCUCCCACGGCAACGGCACUCAUUGUGAAGAUGACAACGAGUGUGAUGUGGCGGGCGUGUGUGUUACAGAGUGCGUUAACACAGACCCCGGCUUCUUCUGUCGGCCGUGUCCUCCUCGUUACAAAGGCAACCAGCCCUUCGGUCUCGGGCUGGAGGAGGCCCAAAGGAACCAUCAGGUGUGUGAGCCGUACAACCCGUGCAAAGACAACACGCACACCUGCCACAAUCACGCCAACUGUGUGUACCUGGGCCUGGCGUCAGAGGUCUUGUACAAGUGUGUGUGCGCUGUCGGGUUUGCGGGCAACGGCUUUCUCUGUGGUGAAGACGCCGAUUUGGAUGGCUGGCCCAACAACAGACUGACCUGCAAAAAGAAUGCAACGUAUCACUGUCAAACGGAUAACUGCCCCACAGUGCCAAACUCAGGACAGGAGGACCUGGACGUGGACGGACAAGGCGACGCCUGUGAUCCCGAUGAUGACAACGAUGACAUCAUCGAUGAACGGGACAACUGCCCACUGGUGUACAACCCUCGACAGUUCGAUGCUGACCGGGAUGGUAUCGGAGACCGCUGUGACAACUGUCCCUUUGAUAGCAACUCGCUGCAGACGGAUACUGAUGGAAACGGCGAGGGGGACGCUUGCAGUAUUGACAUCGAUGGAGAUGAGGUUCCAAAUGAUCGUGACAACUGUCCGUUUGUCUACAACACUGACCAGAGAGACACUGACAUGGACGGUGUCGGGGACCAGUGUGACAACUGUCCCCUUCUCCACAACCCGCAACAGCUGGAUUCCGACAGCGACCUGGUGGGCGACAUGUGCGACAACAACGAGGACAUCGACGAGGACGGCCACCAAAAUUCUCUGGACAACUGUCCCUACGUGGCCAACAGCAACCAGGCCGAUCACGACCGUGAUGGCAAGGGGGACGCCUGCGACCAUGACGACGACAACGACGGCGUGCCGGACGACAGAGACAACUGCAGGCUGGUGGCCAACCAGGAGCAGGCAGACACUCAUGGGGAUGGCAUCGGAGACGCCUGCUUUGACGACUUUGACAAGGACAGCAUUCCAGACGCGCUAGAUCCGUGUCCUCUCAACCAAGAUAUUAAGUACACAGACUUUCGGAAGUUUCAGGUGGUACUGUUGGACCCUAAAGGCACCACCCAGUCUGACCCACUGUGGGUGAUCCGCAGCCAAGGCACUGAGCUGCUGCAGACAACCAACUCGGACCCUGGCAUUGCUUUAGGAUAUGACAAGUUCAACGCGGUGGACUUCAGUGUGACCUUUUAUGUUAACACCAACCGAGAUGAUGACUACGCCGGCAUCGUCUUUGGCUAUCAGUCCAGUCGACGCUUCUACGUCGUCAUGUGGAAACAGGUGUCUCAGGCCUACUGGGAAAAGAAACCGUCCAAAGCUUUCGGAACGGCAGGAGUCUCCAUUAAACUCGUCAACUCCACCACAGGACCAGGGGAAUAUUUGCGCAAUGCUCUGUGGCACACCGGGAACACCCGAAACCAGGUGCGAACAUUGUGGCACGACCCCAACAAAACAGGCUGGAAGGACUACACGGCCUACCGCAUGCACCUCAUCCACAGACCCAAAACGGGGUUCAUCAGGGUGGUGGUGUACGAGGGCAGGGAGAUUCUCUCAGAUUCGGGCGCUGUAUACGACCACACCCUGGCCGGGGGCCGAUUGGGACUUUUUGUCUUCUCUCAGGAACACGUCCUCUUCUCUGACCUGAGAUACGAGUGCAGAGACAACUGAAAUGUUUCCCGUGAUGUUCAAGAAACCUCCAGGCGCUCUCUGAGACUGGGCCACCAAACAACACAAUCACAAAGAUACAUCCUCUUCUAUAUCAGCUUUUUAUGGAUUCAAAGCCAUUUGCUGUAUUUUAACAUCUUUUCACUAAAGGUUGUAAAUAAUUAUUUAUUGCCAGAAA